CCUUUGACAUGUUUCCAUUAAUUGGGAAAACAAUCAUCUUUGACAACUUUCCUGAUCCUUCCGAUACAUGGGAAAUUACUGAAACAAUUGGCAAAGGAACUUAUGGGAAAGUUUUUAAAGUAAUGAAUAAGAAAAAUGGACAAAAAGCAGCCGUCAAAAUUCUGGAUCCAAUUCAUGAUAUUGAUGAAGAGAUUGAAGCAGAGUAUAACAUCUUAAAAACUCUUUCUGACCACCCGAACGUGGUCAAGUUCUAUGGAAUUUACUUUAAGAAGGAUCAAGUCAGUGGAGAUAAGCUGUGGUUGGUUCUUGAGCUGUGCAAUGGCGGCUCAGUGACCGAUCUUGUGAAAGGCUUUCUGAAGAGGGGUGAAAGGAUGAGCGAGCCAGUAAUUGCCUAUAUUUUGCAUGAGGCAUUAAUGGGACUUCAGCAUUUGCAUAAGAACAAAACAAUCCACCGAGAUAUAAAAGGAAAUAAUAUUUUGUUGACCACAGAAGGCGGAGUUAAACUGGUAGAUUUUGGUGUGUCUGCACAGCUCAGCAGCACCCGGCACCGUCUGAACACUUCCGUAGGGACACCAUUUUGGAUGGCUCCCGAGGUGAUUGCGUGUGAACAGCAAUUGGAUACCACCUACGAUGCCAGAUGUGACACUUGGUCGCUGGGUAUCACGGCCAUCGAGCUGGGUGAUGGAGAUCCUCCCCUCGCUGACCUGCAUCCCAUGAGAGCACUCUUUAAAAUUCCAAGGAAUCCACCCCCCAAACUAAGGCAGCCUGAGCUAUGGUCGGCAGAAUUCAAUGACUUCAUCAGCAAGUGCUUGACUAAAGAUUUUGAAAAGCGCCCGACAGUGUCAGAUCUCUUACGGCAUAAAUUCAUUACUCAGAUCGAGGGCAAAGAUGUGAUGUUACAGAAACAACUAAUGGAAUUCAUUGAUAUUCAUCAGUGCGUGGGAGGCACAGAAAAAGCCAGACAUGAACGUAUCCACACCAAGAAAGGUAACUUCAACAGAUCUCUCAUUUCCUGCCUGAAGGAUGUAGAUGAUUUAGCCACCCUGGAAGUUUUGGAUGAGAACACAGUCUCAGAGCAGCUUGAGAAGUGUUAUUCCCGAGAUGAGAUCUACAUCUAUGUGGGAGAUAUACUCAUUGCCCUUAACCCUUUCCAGAGCCUGGGUCUUUAUUCUACAAAGCAUUCCAAACUCUAUAUGGGAGCAAAGAGAACUGCUCACCCUCCUCACAUUUUUGCAAUGGCCGACUUAGGAUUUCAGUCCAUGAUAACAUACAACUCGGAUCAGUGCAUUGUCAUUUCUGGAGAAAGUGGAGCUGGAAAGACUGAAAGUGCUCAUCUUUUAGUCCAGCAGCUGACGGUGCUUGGAAAGGCGAGUAACAGAACCCUGCAAGAGAAGAUUUUACAGGUGAAUAAUUUGGUAGAAGCCUUCGGCAACGCCUGCACUAUUAUAAAUGACAAUUCCAGCCGAUUUGGAAAAUACUUAGAAAUGAAAUUUACUUCUUCUGGAGCUGUGGUGGGAGCACAGAUUUCCGAAUAUCUUCUGGAGAAGUCACGAGUUAUACACCAAGCUAUUGGAGAAAAAAAUUUCCACAUUUUUUACUACAUUUAUGCUGGUUUAGCUGAAAAGAAGAAACUGGCCCAUUACAAAUUGCCUGAAAAUAAGCCUCCCAGGUACCUACAGAAUGACAAUCUCAGAACCGUACAGGACAUGAUGAAUAACAGCUUCUAUAAAUCCCAGUAUGAAUUAAUUGAGCAAUGUUUCAAAGUCAUAGGUUUUACGCUGGAGCAACUUGGAAGUAUAUACAGUAUACUUGCUGCAAUCUUGAAUGUUGGAAAUAUUGAAUUUUCUUCCGUGGCAAGUGAACACCAGAUUGACAAAAGCCACAUUUCUAAUCACACAGCUCUGGAAAACUCUGCUUCUUUGCUUUGCAUUCAGGCAGAUGAGCUCCAAGAAGCUCUCACCUCCCACUGUGUGGUCACAAGAGGAGAAACAAUUAUACGACCCAAUACUGUCGAAAAAGCCACUGAUGUCAGAGAUGCCAUGGCCAAGACAUUAUAUGGACAUCUUUUCAGCUGGAUUGUCAAUCACAUUAACAGUUUGUUGAAGUACGACUCAUCGCCAAGCGGGAAUGGUGAUGAACUGAGCAUCGGCAUUCUUGAUAUAUUUGGCUUUGAAAAUUUCAAAAAAAAUUCCUUUGAGCAGCUGUGCAUUAACAUUGCAAAUGAACAAAUUCAGUAUUAUUUUAAUCAACACGUAUUUGCAUGGGAACAGAAUGAAUAUCUCAAUGAAGAUGUAGAUGCUAGAGUCAUUGAAUAUGAAGAUAAUCGGCCCCUUUUAGAUAUGUUUCUGCAGAAACCAGUGGGUUUACUUUCCCUACUAGAUGAAGAAAGUAGAUUUCCCAAGGCCAGCGACCAGACUCUUAUAGAAAAAUUUGAAGGUAACUUGAAAUCACAGUACUUCUGGAGACCCAAAAGAAUGGAACUUAGUUUUGGAAUUCAUCAUUUUGCUGGAAAGGUCCUCUAUAGUGCAAGUGGGUUCUUAGCUAAAAAUAGAGACACCCUCCCAACUGACAUUGUGCUACUUUUGAGGUCUUCUGAAAACAAUGUAAUUCGGCAACUGGUCAACCACCCACUGACAAAAACAGGUAAUCUGCCACCUUCUAAAACAAAAAAUAUUAUCAACUAUCAAAUGAAGACUUCAGAAAAGUCAAUCAACUUGACAAAGGGUGAAACUGGAGAUGCUACACGUCAUGCCAGAGAGACAACCAACAUGAAAACACAAACAGUUGCAUCAUAUUUUAGAUAUUCCCUGAUGGAUUUGCUGUCUAAAAUGGUGGUGGGCCAACCUCACUUUGUCCGUUGCAUCAAACCAAAUAAUGAGCGUCAGGCAAGAAAAUAUGACAAAGACAAAGUCCUAUUACAGCUCCGUUACACAGGAAUUCUGGAAACAGCAAGAAUUCGAAGGCUGGGAUACUCACAUCGGAUACUUUUUGCUAACUUUAUAAAGCGGUACUCUGUUCUCUGCUACAAGUCAAGUGAAGAGCCUCCAGUGAGCCCUGACACCUGUGCCACCAUCUUGGAAAAAGCUGGUCUGGAUAACUGGGCUCUUGGAAAAACAAAAGUGUUUCUUAAAUAUUAUCAUGUGGAACAGUUAAAUCUAAUGCGAAAGGAAGCCAUUGACAAGCUUAUUUUGAUUCAAGCCUGUGUCAGAGCAUUCUUGGGUUCAAGAAGAUACCAAAAAAUACAGGAAAAAAGGAAAGCAAGCGCUAUAAUAAUACAGUCAGCUGCAAGAGGACACCUGGUCCGGAAACAAAGAAAACAAAUUGUUAACAUGAAAAACACAGCAGUAACCACCAUUCAGAUUUAUGACCAGGAAUUUGACUACAAGAAAAACUUUGAAAAUAAAAGGGAAUCUUUUGCAAAGAAACAAACAGAAAAUGUGAUCUCUGCUGAUGAAAGAGUCGUUCCACCUCCAAACAAUAAAGGGAGCACCACUGGAGUGAAUAAUGCUACUUUCAGAGCUGAAGAGGAGGCCACUAAUGCUGUUGAGAGCAACAACAGGGGAUACCAAACUCUGAAAAAAAUCAAUAAUGUGCAUGAAGAGGAGGCUAAGCAGGAAUUGCACCUGGUGGGGGACCCUUGGGCAGAAGUAAACCCCAAACAGAAGUGUAUCAAAGACUCGGAAGAGAAGAGUCCACUAAGGAGAGUGGACUCAGAGGAGGCUGAGAUCCAGAGUUACUACCAGGGGUACGCAGAGGAGAAGAAUUGUGAAGAGUCAAGGGCAGCGUAUCUGGAAAGGAAGAGCGCACCAGGAAGGCCAAGCCACCCAGGGCCUUGGUCAACUGAAAAUGAGAUGUCUUUUAAAAACACUCUGGAACCCAGUCGUGGCCAAAGGUCAGUUUCUGAACAUGCAAAUAGCAAAGAAAAAGAGAAGAAGACAUCUGUGGUUACCCAGAACGCACCGAUGUUCAGCCAGGAGAGAGGCCAUCUGAGACAUGGGACAGACAAAGAGAGGCAAGUGGAACCCGCCAUCCCAGCCCAGGAAGAAGAAGAUAAAGCAGCCGUGUUCAUUCAGAGUAAAUACCGGGGUUAUAAGAGAAGGCAGCAGUUAAGGAAGGAUGGACUGACGUCUUCUUUUAAGAAUCAAAAGAUGGUCGCAACUACAACAGAAGGAACAAGAAACCCUCACAGUUUGUAUUCCCAGCCCCCAAAACAUGGGGAGACCUAUAACACCAAGAUGGAGGAUAACAGAGCCCCAAAAGCAAUCUUAGCAAAGGAAGUGCAUGAUUUGGCGAGUUUUUCAAAACAGAUAUCAAAGUUAUCUGAAGAAUACUUCAUUCUGCAGAAAAAAUUGAAUGAAAUGAUUUUGUCCCAGCAACUGAAGCCACUUUAUCCGGGUGUCUCUCCCCAUAAGCCAAUUAAUAGACAGGUGUCAUCUCAGCAGCACCUCUCAGGUAAUCCCAAAGAAGAGUCAAAAAUGUUGAGACCCCCACGACGACCCCGGAAACCCAAAACAUUAAAUAACCCUGAAGACUCCACAUAUUAUUACCUGCUACAUAAGUCAAUCCAAGAAGAAAAACGAAGACCAAAGAAAGACAGUCAGGGAAAAUUAUUAGAUUUGGAAGAUUUCUAUUAUAAGGAAUUUUUGCCCAGUCAUUUUGGACCAAAGGAUCAUAACCCUAGUUUAAGAGAACAAAGAAGUCACCAAGAAUUCCAGAAUCAAUGUUUUAAAGCUAAUGAAAGGUGCUGGGCGGCGAAGAGCCCGGAGGAGGAGGAAGGGGAGGAGGAGGAGAGCGGGCGAGCAGCCAACCCCUACGACUACCGGAGGCUGCUGCGCAAAACAUCCCAGCGCCGGCGCCUCGUCCAGCAGCUGUAAGGGCAGCUACCGGGCGGCCAUCGCCGUAGGAAAGCGCUGGAGCCUGCGGGGCUGCUGGGGCCGAAGCGAGCACCUUCGGGCGCUGGAGCACGCCCCCUCCCCGGCCCCGAAGAGGCUGCCUGCUGGAGUGGGAUGCCAGGGCCAGCCUUCCGUGCUCCGAAAGAAGAGAACCGGGAACUCCCGGCAAACCUCGACGCCACCUCUCCGCGCUUCCGCACCCUGCGCUCUCACCGCCCGCUAAUUGGAGCGUCCCUUUCCUUGGUCCCCUAACAGGGUCUCUUUGCUCGGUAGUUUGUGAGUCCUCCUGUGGGCAGGACUGCGCCUCCCAACUCCUCCCCCAUUCUGGGUGACUUUAAAGAUUUCUUUCUUAGAAACUCUUCCCCAGGCCCCGGGACUCUGGCGGACAGGUUGGGGCUUCGAGAACAAACUGGGGGAGUGGAGUGAGUUUUGAAGAUGAAUUUCAUCUUAGACUUGCGCUUCCCCUUCCCUUGGUUGUUACGGACCGUCA